AUGCGUAAUAAUGAGUAUGAGGACCUACAAUUAGUAGCAGAAGAUAUAAAUCAACAACUGCAAAAAGAUCUGUCCCUAUUAGCAGAGAGGUGGCAAGUUAGGUCAAAAGCGAAAUGGGUAGAAAGAAAAGUGCUUGGAGGGGAUGAUGAACUAUGGGACCAAGGAGAACUUAGUAUUAGAAAACAAUGUGGUAGCUAUUUAGUAAAAAAAGCUACAGAAUUCUUACGAGCCAAGGGCAAACUCUCUCCAAACCAGUCUGACCAUGUGGAAUGGAUUAAAGAGAAAUGGACUUUGAAUAGAAAAAAGGAUGUUGCCUGGAGGCUGAAUUUCAGGGCACUUCCCUUGGGAUAUCGUUUACUUUAUAUUGAUCGAGAAAAAAAUGGUGAUUGUCUGGCCUGUCCAGGAGUGUUACAAACUCCACUACACUUCUCUCUGGAAUGUAAGAUUAGCAAGAUGAUUUGGAAGGAAGCAUAUAAAUAUCUAGUAACUUCGAAUAAUGAUAGGCCUCCUAACUCAUGGGAUGAAAUUUUCUCUGCAUCUAACAUUGAAGAAACUGCCAAACGUAAAGCAGCAUUAUGGCUGAAUAUCACUUGUCUAUAUAAGAUCUGGUGUUGGUAUACCUAG